GAACAACAAAGAUGGCCGCCUACUCGGAACCUCUGAAGUACCUCUGCCCAACUUGGAACGCAUAUUUCUUGGUUUUGGAAGAAGAUCAGGAACACGUAAUGACUUGUGCAAAACUGCAGACACCUGUGGAUUCUUACGAGCCUCCUCAAGAAUUGACUUUGGAGCCAACGGAAGGGUUCUGCCAUUAUAUGGUCAACAGCAACAACACUGUUGUUGAUAAAAGCAUAGUGACAAUAAACAUAAUUUUUCCAGCAGCACAAAGAGGAUAUACAAAAUAUGGGAAGAUAUUGCUUCAGUGCUACAAGAUGCUGGACAUCCUGUCACUGGGGAAAUUUGCGACAAAAAGAUGCGCUGACUAAAAACAGGUUUGUAUAUUUACCUGAAUGGACACUUUGUUCAGAUGCUAUUAGACUGUUUUUGGUUACCUUAUAUAUAUUGUAUAAAGUUUUCCAUACUUCCUUUAUCUUAUUGUUUUUUUUUUUUUUUU